AUUCUAGGAUUCCUGAGUACAGGAGAUAAGGAAGUCCCGGGAAAUAAUGGCUUGAAAGAUCAAGUAGAAGCUUUGAAAUGGGUCAAAAAUAAUAUCGAAUCAUUUGGUGGUGAUCCUGAGUCUAUAACGAUAUUAGGAUAUAAUGCAGGAGCAAUGAGUGUCGUUUUGCAUAUGGUUUCGCCAAUGUCACAAGGUUUGUUCCAUAAAGCAGCAGCAAUGAGCGGUUCCCCAUUGGGAGCCUGGCCUUUACCGACUAACCAGUUAGAUUUAGCCAAGAAACAAGCCAAAUUUGUCGGAUGUCCUGAUGAUAAUGCAGCCAAUAUCAUCAAAUGUUUGAGAACUAAAACAUACAAUGAACUAGGAGAAUCCCUACCGAAGUUUAAAGAAUUUGGCGAAGAUCCAGCUAUGAUUUGGUCUCCGGUUAUAGAAGGAGAUUUUGGACAACCAAGAUUUCUAACUGGUCAUCCAAUUAAUCUUAUAAGCAACGGACAAUUUAGGAAAAUACCGUUUAUGACGGGUCAAACUUCUCAAGACUUUGGUCAAAGGGCAUUUGCUGUCAUCUACAACGAAACUUUGUCAAAACAAAUGAAUGCCGAAUUUGACAAAAUCGCACCAAUAGCAUUCCUUUACGAAAAGAACACUGAACAAUCAAAAACUAUCAGUAAGACCCUCAAAACAUUCUAUUUACAGGAUAAGCCUAUUGACAAAACCCAAAUUCCUGGUCUAUCUCAGUUGUAUUCUGAUGCUGUUGUGGGAUUUGGAGUUAACAGAGCUGCAAAAUUAAUAUCGCAAUAUAGUAACCAAUCGGUAUUCUAUUAUCGUUUUAGUUAUCAGGGACGUUACAGCCACUUCUAUAACCCAGAAAGCAACAAUACUGUUCCAUUCGGUGUGGUUCAUCAUGAUGAUUUGAUAUACUUAUUCUAUAUGCAGAAACUAUUUCCACUUUUCAAAGACAAUUCACCCCAAGAAAUUGAGAUGGUGACAAAACUAACAGCGCUCUACUAUAACUUUGCCAAAACAGGAAACCCCAUUCCAAUUGCUAUAGAAAAGCUUGAUAACGUAAAAUGGGAACCAUUUACCAUGAAGGAACAGAAGUUCAUGGAAAUAGGAAACAAACUUGUGAUGCAGGAAAAAAUGAAUGAGAAACGAUUUAACGAGUGGGACAAGUUGUUCCCCAUUUCGAUGUACCAAAAGAAUAAGCAUAGUCAUUGAAGAGGUAUCAGUUUGAAGACUAGUUUCAUAGUUUUCUAUUAGGUACCUAAGACCAUUGGUUUGUUGCGCUUUCUGGCCAUAUCGAAGGUACUUGACUUUCUUGAUGUCGCUGUUGACAAUAAAAAUGUUGAUUCUAUAUGUAUAGUUUGUGUACUUGUCUGAAUAAAUAUUGUUUUAUUGA